AUGACGACCGCGUCGCCUCGCAGCCGCCGGAACUACCAGCAGGACUCGGAGGCCGCCAUCAAUCGCCAGAUCCGCCUGCAGCUCUGCGCCUCCCAUGUCUACCUGAGAGGGAACAGGCUGAGAAACGGAGGAAGCUGCAGAACCAGCGAGGCGGCCGAAUCUUCCUUCCGGAAGAAACCGGACCGUGAUGACCGGGAGAAUGGGCUGGAUGCGAUGGAAUGUGCGCUGCGCUUGGAGGGACGUGUGCGUCAGCCACUACUGGAGCUGCACAGACUGGCCACUGGAAAAAGCGGUCCCCAUCUGUGUGACCUCGCGGAGACCCAUUACCCGAGUGAACAGGUGGGAGCCAUCAGAGCACUGGGUGACCGCAUCACCAACCUGCGGCAGCUGGGGGCCCCUGGAUCUGGCGUGGCAGAGCACCUCUUGACAAGCACCGCUUGGGAUACAGUGAGAGCUAAGCCUCAGGAUGGCGGCCCGCAGCCGAGGGGUGACUUCCCUGGUCACCCAGGCAGUGCAGGCCUAUUUGGGCUACCUUCACCUUUUCUUAAUUCGUAA